GGUGCCCGUCGUCCGCGGCUCGCCGUACGUCACGGCCGAGUACGCGGGGGCCACCCCGAGGCUGUCCACGGAGCAGCAGCUGAGGCCCGACGCGGAGGGGCGCUUCCGGGUGGGCGUGGACGGCGAGGCCGCGGGCUGCGACCCGGGGCGGCCGCUCAGCGGCAAGGUCCUGACCUUCGGGCUGGUCCAGAGCGACGCGACCUGGGCGGUCUUCUCGCCGCCGGGCGUCGAGUGGACCUGCACGCCCGAGCCCUUCGCCCUCACGGCGAGCGGCCCCGUGCGGGACGGCGCGGUCCGCGCCGCCAUCGUCAACAGCUGCACCACGGGGGCCAGGCCCCACCACUGCGAGGGCUUCCCAGAGGGCAGAGACGCCUCGGCCUACCUGGGGCUCCUGUCGGACCACGCCGGCGCCUACCCGGUGGGCGUCUCCUGGGACUUCGAGGUGGCCGAGCGCGAGGGCCACGUCACCUGGGAGUUGGGACGUCCGGGAGAUGGACGGGACGAGGGGCGGCGCGGCCCCCGUGCAGCUCGCCUACCCCGUGCACGUCCCCUUGCUUUCCAGCGACCUGCUCGGCUCGGUGGAGGCGGGCGCGCGGGCUUCGCCCUUCCACGACAUCCGCGGGCCUGCCAGGCCCGUCGUGGGCAAGAGCUGGACGCUCACGUACCCCCUCUUCCCGGACGUGGGGCUGGCCGGGCCGCGGCCGAUCGCUGGCGGGCUGCGGGAGGAGAUGCUGCAGGCGCUGCGUGGCCCUGGCAGCGCGAUGUGGAACGGCAGCAUGCCAGACAAGGAUCGGGGGACUUCGACCUGCCCCUGAACUACCGGCUCGGGGUUGGCGACACCUACUUCGCGGGGAAGAUGCUCGCCAGGCUUGCGAGGCUCGUCGUGAUCGCCGACGAGCUCGGCGAGUCGAGGGAGGCGUACUUCUCCGACAUGGUGGGCCGGCUCACCGACCGCAUGGAGGCCUGGUUCCACGAGGACUCGGGGGCGCCGUUCAUCUAUGACACCACUUGGGGCGGCCUGUUGUCCUGCGGCUGCUCAUACGACGAUUGCGGCGGCGAGUGCGACCCCUACUGCUCCAAUGACAAGAUCGAAGCCCGCGACGAACUGCCCCGCCCUCACGUCGGCCGGCAUGAACUUCGGCAACGCCUAUUAUAACGACCACCACUUCCACUACGGCUACUACGUGUACAGCGCGGCGGUGGCUGCCAAGUACGCCCCCGCGUGGGAAAAAAAGUGGC